AUGACUGGCUUCUGUGUACUGGGAUGCGGAACGAUGGGCAAGGCCCUCUUGACCGGAAUUUUCGACUCUGUCGCCGAGAACGGUGUGCCUACGGAUGUCCCCUUUGCGGUGCCUGACAAGUACUUUGCGUGCGUGAAGUUUGCCAAAGAAGUGGAGGAUGGACAGCGGCUGCUGGGCGGCCGUGCCGAGUUUGUGCAGCACUCGGGCAAUGUUCGUGCUGCGGAGCAAAGCCAAUACGUUUUGUUGGCCUGCAAGCCCCAGGUGGCCUCCGAGGUGCUCGGUGUCGCCGGCAUGCGCGAGGCGUUGAAGGGAAAGCUUGUGCUCUCCAUCUUGGCCGGUAAAACCAUUGAUCAGCUGCAGAGCAUGGUCGACGAAAGCACUCGUGUCGUCCGCAUUAUGCCCAACACAGCUAGCCGCAUUCGCGAGAGCAUGAGUGUCAUCUGUGCUGGACCCCGUGCCACCCCAACCGACGUCGAGUUUGCCGAGUGGGUUUUCAGUGGCAUUGGCCGAACGAUGCAGCUGGACGAGCGCUUGAUCGAUGCCGCUACUGCUCUUUGUGGCAGUGGACCGGCUUUCGUGGCUACGAUGAUCGAGGCCAUGACUGACGGUGGCAUUAUGAUGGGCAUUCCCUUCCGUCAAGCACAAGAGCUCGCCGCACAGACGAUGGUUGGUACCGCCAAGAUGGUCAUCAGCGGUCAGCACCCUGCCAUGAUUCGUAAUGACGUCUCGAUCCCGCUGGCUGUACCAUCAGUGGUCUGUUGGCGCUUGAAGACGGCAAACUCCGUAGUACCAUUGCUCGCAGUAUCGAGGAGGCCACGAAGCGGGCAUCUGGUUUGGGCAAGUAAGCGACCAGGGUUAUUUUGUCCGUUCGGCAAGAUCGCCCAGGAAGCCUGCAUGUUUCACCGACGAUGGCAUCAGCUGCCGUUAGGACACCACCCGUUCUCGCUAUCGCUGGCCUGCCGCUAG